UGCACUGCACUGCAGACUAAAGCCAGAGCAAGUUUUUUUGGGCUGAGAGGAAGUCCGACUCUACGCUCCAAGAGUUUGGUGUUACCGCAUAUACACCCCAGCAGGUGACCAUGAGCAGCCCAGACGUCACUCUCUCCUCGGGCCAGAAGAUGCCAACUGUCGGCCUGGGCACCUGGAAGAGCAGCCCUGGGCAGGUGAAGCAGGCGGUCCUGGCUGCUCUUGACUGUGGCUACAGGCAUAUAGACUGUGCGGCGGCCUACGGUAAUGAGCAUGAGGUGGGGGAGGCACUGGCUGAACGCGUUGGGCCAGGCAAGCCACUGAAGAGGGAGGAAGUGUUUGUGACCUCCAAGCUGUGGAACACCAAGCACCACCCUCAUGACGUGGAGGCAGCGUGCCGUAAGACCCUCUCCGACCUCGGCCUCAGCUAUGUGGACCUGUACCUCAUGCACUGGCCCAUGGCCUUCGAGAGGGGUGUUGAGCUGAUGCCAAGGCGGCCGGACGGCACUGUGCGCUAUGCGGACACCCACUACCGGGACACGUGGGUUGCCAUGGAGAAGCUGGUGGACCAAGGCCUGGUGAAGGCUGUGGGCCUCUCCAACUUCAACGCCAGGCAGAUCGAUGACGUCAUCAGCAUCGCCAAGCACAAGCCAGCUGUCAACCAGGUGGAAUGUCACCCCUACCUGAUCCAGUCAGAGUUGCUGGGCCACUGUAAGAGUCGGGGGGUGGCCGUGACCGCCUACAGCCCCCUGGGGUCCCCCGACCGCCCCUGGGCCGCCGCCGGGGAGCCCCUGUUGCUGGAGGACCCUCGUAUCCUGACCAUCGCCAAGCAACACAACAAGACCCCCGCCCAAGUGGUCAUUAGAUGGCAGGUGCAGAGGGGAGUCAUAUGCAUCCCGAAGAGCGUCACCCCUUCCAGGAUCCAGCAGAACCUCCAGGUGUUUGACUUUGAACUAUCUGACAGUGACAUGAGGCAGAUUGAGUCCUUUAAUCGCAACGAAAGACUCAUCAUUCCCACCAUAGAGAAAGAUGGGGUGAGGGUGUGGAGGGAUGCGAUACAUCCACAUUUCCCUUUCCACGAUCCAUACUAACUACUCUACCUCGCAACAUCACCUGGCAUCCAAGGACACACAACAGCACUGGACUUCUAGAGUUCUGUGAGCCUCUGAGAACUGAGAAGCAAGUCUGUGCGUGUGUAAUGCAUGUCACUGUAGCAAAUAAAAGCUCAUCUCUCUGUCUUACCUAAUUCCUUGUCAGUUGCACUUAACUCACUGUUUUGUUUACCAUGCCCCAACAUGGAUCCUUUCUUCUAAGUAUAGACGCAAUGUGGAUAUUGAAGACACAAGCUCUCGAGAAGUCACUUAGGCAACACAUACUGGAAGAGUUGCUUAUCAAAACAAGUCCGACUGAGCCAGAUUACACAUCACCUCUCUGUUGAAAGUUCUAGAACCUCAUGACCAGUGUUUGGAGUGCAUGAUUCUAUUUCAAGUGUGUGCCUAAGGCCUGAACAAGCCCUUUAGAUUGUUUGCUUUAAAUGCCACCUGGAACUUCUCAAUCCUGUCAGUUUCUGUAGGCAGAUUCUACAACGUUACCACAGUACACUUGGAGCAGCCACAACAAGGCUACCAAGCAACACAAUGGUGACAUCCAGUGGCACAAAACAGAUGCAGCAUUAGCCAAAACACUCAGUUGGUCAAAACAGUCCAUU